AUGGCUGUGUCUAAAGUUUUUGCUCGUUACGUCUACGACUCCAGAGGAAACCCUACCGUUGAGGUGGAUCUUACCACCGACAAGGGUUUGUUCAGAUCCAUUGUUCCAUCUGGUGCUUCCACUGGUAUCCACGAGGCUUUGGAAUUGAGAGAUGGUGACAAGUCCAAAUGGUUGGGUAAGGGUGUCUUGAAGGCUGUUGCCAACGUCAACGAAAUCAUUGCUCCAGCUUUCGUCAAGGCUAACUUGGACGUCACCAACCAGGAUGCUGUCGAUGAGUUUUUGAACUCCUUGGACGGUACCCCAAACAAGUCUAAGUUGGGUGCUAACGCCAUCUUGGGUGUCUCUUUGGCUGCUGCCAAGGCUGCUGCCGCCGAGAAGGGUGUCCCAUUGUACGAGCACCUUGCUGCCAUCUCUGGUGCCAAGUCUGACAAGUUCGUCUUGCCAGUUCCAUUCCAGAACGUCUUGAACGGUGGUUCCCACGCUGGUGGUGCUCUUGCCUUCCAGGAGUUCAUGAUUGUGCCAACUGGUGCUCCAACCUUCGCCGAGGCCUUGAGAAUCGGUUCUGAGGUCUACCACAACUUGAAGUCUUUGACCAAGAAGAGAUACGGUCAGUCUGCUGGUAACGUCGGUGACGAGGGUGGUGUUGCCCCAGACAUUGGCUCUCCAAAGGAGGCCUUGGACUUGAUUGUCGAGGCCAUUGCCCAGGCUGGUUACACUGGUAAGGUCGGUAUUGCCUUGGACGUUGCUUCCUCCGAGUUCUACAAGGAUGGUAAGUACGACUUGGACUUCAAGAACCCAGAGUCUGACGAGUCCAAGUGGUUGUCCGGUGAGCAAUUGGCUUCUUUGUACGAGGAGUUGAUCGACGCCUACCCAAUUGUCUCCAUUGAGGACCCAUUCGCUGAGGACGACUGGGAUGCUUGGGUUCACUUCUACUCCAAGGUUUCUUCCAAGAUCCAGAUCGUUGGUGAUGACUUGACUGUCACCAACCCAUUGAGAAUCAAGACCGCCAUCGAGAAGAAGGCUGCUAACGCUUUGUUGUUGAAGGUCAACCAGAUUGGUUCUUUGUCCGAGUCUAUCAAGGCUGCCAACGACUCUUACGCUGCUGGUUGGGGUGUCAUGGUUUCCCACAGAUCCGGUGAGACCGAGGACACCUUCAUUGCUGACUUGUCUGUUGGUUUGAGAUCUGGCCAGAUCAAGACUGGUGCUCCUGCCAGAUCCGAGAGAUUGGCCAAGCUCAACCAGAUCUUGAGAAUCGAGGAGGAGUUGGGUGACAAGGCUAUCUACGCCGGUAAGGACUUCCACUCUGCUCACACUUUGUAA